GCCCCGCACCCCGGUCCCGCCCCUCCCGCAGUCUCACACCCCCGCACCCCCCGCAUCCCGGCCCCGCCCUGCAUCCCGGCACCGCCCUGCAUCUCGGCCCCGCCCUGCUUCCCGGCCAAGCCGGCAGCGCUGGGAGCGGUCUGCAGAGGCCGGGGUGCGCCGGGCACUAAUCCUCCAGGAACUGGUGGCCGCGGGCCCCAGCUGCUCGGCGGGUAAACAUGGCCGCCCUGACGACCGUUGUGGUAGCGGCGGCGGCCACCGCGGUAGCCGGGGCUGUAGCAGGGGCGGGUGCAGCUACCGGGACCGGCGUGGGAGCGACGCCAGCGCCUCAACAGAAUGAUGGCUGUUUUAGUACUUCAGGUGGAAUUCGUUCUUUUCAUCUUCAAAACUGGAAGCAGAAAGUUAAUCAGACUAAGAAAGCAGAAUUCGUACGCACAGCAGAAAAAUUUAAAAAUCAAGUUAUUAACAUGGAAAAAGAUAAACACAGUCAUUUCUACAACCAAAAAAGUGACUUCAGAAUUGAGCAUAGUAUGCUAGAAGAAUUGGAAAAUAAACUGAUUAACAGCAGGAAAACAGAAAGAGCAAAAAUCCAGCAGCAAUUGGCCAAAAUACAUAACAACGUAAAGAAACUUCAGCAUCAGUUAAAAGAUGUGAAGCCUACACCUGAUUUUGUUGAGAAGCUCAGAGAAAUGAUGGAAGAAAUUGAAAAUGCAAUUAACACUUUUAAAGAAGAGCAGAGGUUGAUAUAUGAAGAGCUAAUUAAAGAAGAGAAAACAAGUAAUAAUGAGUUGAGUGCCAUAUCAAGAAAAAUUGACACAUGGGCUUUGGGUAAUUCAGAAACAGAGAAAGCUUUCAGAGCAAUCUCAAGCAAAGUUCCUGUAGACAAAGUAACACCAAGUACUCUUCCAGAAGAGGUACUAGAUUUUGAAAAAUUCCUUCAGCAAACAGGAGGACGAAAAGGUGGCUGGGAUGAUUACGAUCACCAGAACUUUGUAAAGAUGAGAAACAAACAUAAAGGGAAGCCAACAUUUAUGGAAGAAGUUCUAGAACACCUUCCUGGAAGAACACAGGAUGAAGUUCAACAGCAUGAGAAAUGGUAUCAAAAAUUUCUGGCUCUAGAAGAAAGAAAAAAAGAGUCAAUUCAGAGUUGGAAAACUAAAAAGCAGCAAAAAAAGGAGGAAAUUUUCAAGUUAAAGGAAAAGGCAGACAACACACCUAUGCUUUUUCAUAACAAACAAGAUAAUCAAAAGCAAAAAGAAGAGCAAAGAAAGAAACAGAAAUUGGCAGUUGAAGCUUGGAAAAAACAGAAAAGUAUAGAAAUGUCAAUGAAAUGUGCUUCCCAGUUAAAAGAAGAGGAAGAGAAAGAGAAAAAACAUCAGAAAGAACGCCAACGCCAGUUUAAAUUAAAAUUACUACUAGAAAGUUACACCCAGCAGAAGAAAGAACAGGAAGAAUUUUUUAGGCUUGAAAAGGAGAUAAGGGAAAAGGCAGAAAAGGCAGAAAAAAGGAAAACCACUGCUGAUGAAAUUUCCAGGUUUCAGGAAAGAGAUUUACAUAAACUUGAAUUGAAAAUUCUAGAUAGACAGGCAAAGGAAGAUGAAAAGGCGCAAAAACAAAGAAGACUGGCAAAAUUAAAAGAAAAGGUUGAAAACAAUGUUAGCAGAGAUCCCUCUAGGCUUUACAAACCUACCAAAGGUUGGGAAGAACGAACCAAAAAGAUAGGACCAACAGGAUCUGGGCCACUUCUACAUAUUCCACACAGGGCUAUUCCAACCUGGAGACAAGGAAUACAGAGAAGAGUAUGAGAUAAUAAAAUUGCUACUCAGUUGAUAAGAAUGUUAACAUACUAAGUUAUACCAGGGAGAGUGACUAACAAUGUUCUUUAAUUAUAGCCUAGUCAGAUUGAUUAUUGUGUGUAUUGUGAAUUGAGAGGUAUUAAUUGAGAGGUAUUAAGAGGCUUUGUCAUUAGUAUUCCUGCUUCUACCAAGAAGGUAUUUAAUAUAUAUUUUGGCCUAUUAUUGACAUAAAAGUUAUUUAAAUAAGUUAAUGUUACAAACAUUAUUCAAUUUAAAUACUCAAAACAUUUCAAAGAUAUUUUGUUUUUGUCAUAGCAUAGAAAAAUAAAUUACAACAAUCAUACAAUGACAUUUUUAAACUAAAAUUUUGUAACUUUUAUAACUUGGAGUUAAGUCAGCUUGAGUAACAAAAGGUAAAGUGGUUUUUGUUUAGAGUUAUGAAACGUUAGUACUUUUUCUAUGUUUAACAAAUUGGUAGUUUGUCAGUUACAACAUUUUUGUGUAAUAAAUAUUUUGUAUUUGUUUGAAGCAUGCUUUGUUUUUUAUAGAGAAUAUUUAUUUUAAAAAUAUGUCUCUCAUAUACCCUAUUAAUUGUAUUAUUGAUAUAAUCUUUUUGGUUUCCUUUAGCAAUUCCAAAUUUUCCUUCAGCCUUUCUGGAUUUCACCUAUUUAUAAAAUCUUUGUGUCUUUCACA